AUGAAGUUCCUCAAAGUUGCGAGCCUUGCAAUACUAUUGAAUUUUUCAACGUCGGUCUAUUCAGCUGUGCUAGUUCGUGAAUCCAGCGUCACGAAUAGAUAUAAUUGUGACGGCGAUAUUUUCACAUCCGACACUGUUGCCGAAGCGCUUAAAAGUUCACGGGCUAACUCCGUAAGAGAGGGCCACGUUUAUCCCCAGUCUUUCGAAUCAACCAAUGUUGAGUCAACAGAUCGCCAAAUAUUCCCAAUCUUUCCAGAUGGCUCGACCUACAUUGGACAGCAAGAUGUGAAGGAAUUUUUAGUUACCGAUCCUGACUUCAAUGUGAUGGGCUUAAUAAUGCGUGACGGAAAGGACUUCAAAGAAUGCAAGGACCUCAGUGCUUAG